AUGGCCAUUGUCAACGGCGCGGGGACAGAACGCCACCAUCUGCAAUCCCGAAAGGCCGAAAGCCUCAUGCGUGUCUUACGGUUGGUGAUGAGAGACAUAUUUGUCGGCUAUUGCAUCGCUUCCAAAAUUCGUUGCGAUGGUGGAAACCCCUGUGCACCCUGCCUGAAAAAGAGAGCCCAAUGUGUUCAGAAAUCUUCCAAUGAAUCUUCGGCCGGCGUGGGCGUCACGGUUGACGUGCUGUUAGGACCCAAUGCGCUUCUUGACGAUCGCGUUUCUAUCAGAGCGCUCUUGAAUGGAGGUGUCGACACUUUUACCGAGACUUUCAAUCUACCUCCAUCCGACGACCGAGUCCGAAGCUUAGAAUUUCAUCAACGAAAGGACGAGCAAGAAGAACAGAGCUCAUCAACCAUCAACUCGCCUCCCACCAAACCUACCGAGCAGGUGGACUAUUUAAGCGUAUUCGAGUCUCCCCUUGGAUUGGAUGAUCAAUAUCUCGAUUUCUGGGCCGGCCCAUUCGGCCUUAUCCCAUCUCCGUCGUACUCCUCCAGUGAUACACAGAUAGACCUAUACAACACGUCAAUGCUGACAGCAGACGGCCAGAGCGACAGAACCCCACUCGAGCCGAGCCCAAGCCUUUCGGAUCAGGCAAACUUUGCCUCAUCCUUCAACCUUGCUAUUUACAACAAACUGUGGUGCCUCGCUCUAGAGCCUCGCAGUCGACAGGAGCUUACAACAUAUGCCAACUAUCUCCUGACAACCGAGAAGAUCACGAAAUUCAUCUCUCUUUAUUUUCGUAACUGGCACUUAAAUUGUCCUAUACUUCAUAAACCAACAUUUGACCCUGCCGAAGUUCCGCUCAGUUUAUUGGUCUCGGUCGUUUUCAUCGGAGCGAUCUAUUCCAAAAACCAGUCAGAACGGCAUGCAGCACAAAAAUUGGUCGAUGUGGCUGAGCUAGUCGUCUUCGAUUCGGAAGUCUUCUCACUUGAAAUCGAAGCGAGCCACGUUAUACAACGGCAGUCGGCUAGCUAUGUGGGUCCCGGCGACUACGAUUGGGGCCCAUUUCAAGAACUGCAAGCAGGAUUUCUGAUGGUCAUUGCUCAAUAUUGGGCUGGAGCGCGUAUCGCCAAGGGACGCGCAAUGGAAUCGAGAUUCAGUGAUGUGAUCAAAGUCCUCAGGAAAAUGCGUCUACAUCAAGCCCGCCAUACUCCGUCCGACCGAAUUUCCGAGACUGUUUGGUUGCAGAAAGAAUCGCGAAUUCGAACAAUGGCCGUAAUAGCUCUCCUGGACUGCGCAAUGCGCAUUUACACCAAUCAUCCAUGCCGUUUAAUUCUCGUGGAGCUUGACAGUGACCUCCCAUGCAAAGAAUCAAUAUUCGCCUCCGAUCACCCUUUUAUGGAGGAUGGCAACAUUUUUUCGCCUCGUCUCACGAUUUCCAAGGCAUUUGCUCUGCUCUUCCAGGGCAACGCGAAAAGAUCGCUCUCCGUUGUCAAGAAAUCAAGCGAAGAGCCAGAUGGUGAAGAGAACCCUCCCACUAAUAGUUUGGGUGACCUCACCAAGUUUGAUUUGUUUAUUUUGAUACAUUUCCUGUAUACAUACAUCCUUGGGUAUGUUAUGACACUUUCUUUCAAUCUACCAACGAACUCGUUCGCCUCCGACGGAGGAAGGUUAGCACGAGGUGCUAUGACUGGCGAUACCAGAGAAGCCUUGGCACAAUGGCGGAUUUCCUGGGACCGUGCGUGCAAACAGUCCACAGGGCAGUCUCCCCGAUUGGCCGGAAUGUUUCGAAAUGCAUUUUCCUUUUGGCUUGUUGCCAGAUCUAUCAUCAACAAAGAGGAAUCUAUCGAUGUUAUCACCAAUAUGGAAGUCAACUGUGAUGAUGCCUUGACGAAACUGAAAGUUCUGUUCCAGAAUGACAACGAUUAA